AUGGUUCAGAACUGCGACAUCCAGCUGGAGGACGUGUUUGUCCCCGAUGAUGAUCGCUUGCCCGGCGCCAAUUCUUUUCAGGAUCUUGUUGAUUCGCUUUCUUUCAGUCGUGUCAUGGCUGCCUGGGUCAGCAUUGGGAUUGCAGUAGGGGUGUAUGAUGCAUGUCAUAGGUACCUUGGAGAGAGGAAGCAGUUUGGUGUGCCACUGGCCACGUUCCAGCUGAACCAAGAGAAGCUCGUCAGGAUGUUGGGCAACAUCCAGGCCAUGUGGCUUCUCGGCUGGCGCCUCUGCAAGCUGCAUGGCUCUGGCAAGAUGACCACAGGCCAGGCUAGCCUGGGCAAGGCAUGGAUCACGAAGCAGGCAAGGGAGACGGUGGCGCUCGGCAGGGAGCUGCUUGGCGGCAACGGCAUCGUCACCGAUUUCCACGUGGGCAAGGCGUUCUGUGACAUGGAGACUGUGUACACGUACGAGGGCAGCUACGAUGUUAACGCGCUCAUUGUCGCAAGGGAGAUCUCUGGCAUCUCCAGCAUCAGGCCCACUAGCAGCAGGCUCUAG